AUGGCAAACCAUAACCAAUUUGGUCUUGCUUUUGUUCUGGUUCAUGGCAGAGCUGAGAUAACUCAACAACCCAUUGAUUAUGAUCAUGAAGAUCCAAAGUAUACGGAAUAUUUACCAUAUCCUGACGAUAAUUUUCAAGAAAUUGUUGAUGAUCGUUUUCAACGAGGUAACAAAUUUACUAUCGAACAUAUAUAUCGUCGUACUGGACAAGCAUUUGUCCCUAAUGUUCCAGUUUAUGUUAAAUCAAUUGAGGCUGAACGUAGUGAUGAUUGUUCUGCAGCAUUUAUUGAUCCAUAUAUAUUCUGUAUAACAACUCAGCAUGGGUCUAAUGAAUGGACUACUUGUAAACGUUACCGACAUUUUCAAAAUUUACAUCAAGUAUUGAUGAAUUUCGUGGACGAAGAAAGAAAAAAAUCACAAAGUGAUUUAGACACAACUCAAGGUGAAAAUAAUGAAUAUCCAUUUUUACCAAAACGAAAUGAUCAAAUGGGAUUUGUUAAUCAUUCUAAUGUUGAAGAAUAUCCUCGUAUUCUUGUCGAUUAUCUCAAUAAAGUUCUUAAACAUCCGAAAUUUCGUGCACAUCCAGCAACGUGUGAAUUUUUUGAUGUAAGUUGUUUAUCAUUCAUUGAUGGCUUAUCAGUUAGUCGAAAAGAAGAUUAUCUAUUGAAACAAUCUAAUGAUCGUUGUUGUGGUCAGCAUAUUCUCUUUUCAUCAUUUUUUUGUUAUUCAUGUAAUUGUCAACAUGGUCUUCAAUGGUUUGUUAUUAAAGAUAGUUAUAUAGUUGAUAUACGACCAGAUACACAUGAAGUACGUUUUCCUAUGUUAGUCGAUCGUGAUUUUCAAGUUUUAACUGGUAUUCGUAACGCUGGAGAUGAUCAUGGUAUUAAAAUAAGCAAUUUACAACAAACAUUCGUUGUUAAAUGUCGAACAGCACGUGAUUGUGAUGAAUGGAUACAACAUUUAUCAAAUUUAACUGAACAAGCAAAAGAUUUUGCCAGUGCAACACGAAGUCGAUUUAAUUCAUAUGCAUCUGUUCGAGAAAAUCAAUUAGCUUAUUGGUUUAUUAAUGGUAAAUCAUAUAUGGAAGCCGUCGCUAAAGCACUUUUGACAGCUAAAGAAGAAGUAUUUAUUACUGAUUGGUGGCUUUCACCUGAAGUCAUGUUGAUAAGACCAACAGACGAUGAAACAUUUCGACUUGAUAAUAUAUUAGGAAGAAUAGCUGAUGCAGGAGUUCGUGUUUAUGUGAUGAUUUAUAAAGAAAUUCCUUUUGUUGUAUCUUUAAAUAGUUUAUAUACAAAAAGAACAUUAGUUUCUAAAAGUAAAAAAGGAUUUAUUAAAGUUAUUCGACAUCCUGAUCUUAACACUAGAGAUGGAGUACUUUUGUGGUCUCAUCAUGAAAAAAUGGUUGUUAUUGAUCAAAAGAUUGCCUUCAUCGGUGGAAUUGAUUUAUGUUAUGGCCGCUGGGAUGAUGAAUAUAUGCGGUGUGUUACUGUCUUCUAUUAG